UCCAUACCUUCAGAUUAGUUAUUUUAGAUGGUGCAAAGGCUUGGAGAAACUGCAGAGGUUCUAUCCAGAGGUGACCAUAUGAAGUUCAUGGCCUAGCAAGAUUUCAGUGGCACUACAAAUUCCUCCAGGUUUGGCAGCAGAAAAACUUCCAUUAGAUCAAUGGGGAGAAGACAAAAGAAACUGUCAUAUGCAAAUCAACCUCAGCUUCUACUAAAAGGCUAUCACCUAACCAAGAAGGUGGUGAUACCAUGUUCUUCACACCAGAGUAUAUCAUUAUGCCUUCAAGAUUACCAAUCUAGGUCUGCACUAAUGCCUCAUCUCAACUAUCAGAGCAGGACCAAGUUGUCAUCUCAUCUUGAUCAUAAAACCUUAGUUGCAUCUUCCCCAAACCUCAAACUUGGGAUUGAAUCUGCUCAAUUGCCCCAGGCUCUUCAACAGGCAGGUGUUAUGUCAAGAUACCAAUGCAACUACCAGGCUACCACCACCCCAUCAAUAGGAACCACAGUUUUGUCUUUACCAUGCCCUGACUCCUGGACCAGGGUACCUGUUCCAUCUGAAUAUCAAGCAGCACUUACACUGAGCUCUAACCACCAUGUGGAGGUUCCAUCCAUCCCUGAACAUUUUACAAAAUCUCCAUCAGAUUCUGACCAUUUUCCAGUGAUUUCCCAAGGCUCUGACCAUCGGGCAGAGGAUCAAUCAUGUCCAGAUAGCAAGCCUAACACCACAGCUGUACCAUCAUUAAACCACAGCUACCAGUCAACAGCUACAACAUUACAAUGGCCCAGUCAACAGACUCCAGCUCCACAAGGUACCAGAACUCGGUCUAAAAUGACAACUUCCCUGGAGCGGUACCUUAACCACUGGCACAGGGCCAUAUUUUCUUCAUUAUCAUAUCCUGUUUCAUCUGAAACUGCACCAUCAGACUCAGACCACUGGGUUAAGGGGGCAAAUGCACGAAUAUCAUGUCCUGACCACUUUCUAAAGGCAAAAACUUCACUGUUACAGCAUCCUGAAUACAACUCUUGGAUCUUCAAGGCUUCUGCUUCAUCAUGUUCCAAUCAACAGGUCAGGGCCUCACCUGUGCCACCACCAUGCCCUAACCAUAGGGAAACCAUUACCACCUUUGCACCCUUUGAAUCCCUUAAUAUACCAGGUAAGAAUCCACCAAGCCUUCAUUUUGAAGUUAGGGAUACUACUACACCAUCAGCACAACAUAACCACCAGGAUAUACCGCUACAAAACCUCAAUGGCAAUACAGAAGAUUCUAUGAUUGUUCCCAAUCACUUGACCCAGGUCAUACAGAAUAGAGAGCCAUCUUGUAAUUCUGAACACCUGGCCAAGCCUCCACUAGGUCCUGACAAUUGGCCUAUGAUUUUACCACACCUCAAUUGUUGGACUACAGUACCACAGCCAGCCCCUGAUCAUACAAUUAUUCACUACAUAGACAACCAGACUAAACCACUGCUGGUUCCUAAGUGCAAGCUUGAGGCUCCACCAACCAUUAACCCAGUUUCUGCUGAGGGUCUUUCUCCUUUGAAAAACUGUGCUACAUCUCUCCCAGACUCUAAACUGGAUAUAGAAGUUCUACCAUGUACCAACCAACUGACUACAUCUCCAACUGUCUCCAACCAGGGGCUUACAGCUGUAUCAGUUCCUAAUUCUGAGGAAGAGGUAUCAAUGGGUUGCAAUCAUUGGGCUCAAGCUCAGAUAGAGAUAGCAUUAGAUCCAAACCACUGGAGCAAUACUUCCUUGGAGUCAAAUUGUAAGGUCAUAGCUCCACAAAGUCCUAACUGCCAGGAUCAAAUUCUACCUGACACUGACCACCAGGCUAAUACUAUUUCAUCAGUUCCUGAACAUGAUGACGCCACUAUUAUGGUUCCUAAUCAUUGGGCCAUGGCUUCAUCAGACACUGACCAACAUGUGGAGCUUGAAUCUGAUCCCAUUUACAGGGGGGAGGCUACAUCUGAUCUAGACCAUGUCACAGGGCUCUUAGACCCUGAUAAUCAGACUCUGACUCUAUCAGACACUGACCUUCAGAAUGAGAAUAUAACAGAUCUAGAACAUCUGAAUGAGACUAUAAUAGUCCAAGACAUGAUUACCAAGGCUCUCCCAGCUUCUUGUCAUUGGAUUGCGUCGAUAGCAGAUGCCCAAAACCAGAUCAUACCAGCAGACCUGGAUUAUAAAAACAAUACUCAAAUUGGCUUCAAUCACAAUAUCAUGAAUAUGCCAGGUCAUGAUCAUGUGACCAUAUUUCCAAUUAUCUCUGAACACCAGAAUGAGGACACAGUAAGCUCUCACCACCAGCAAGAUGCUGAAUCCUUGGUUGAUUAUGAGUCCAAAAUUGUACCUGACCAAAAUUCCAUGGACAUCUUAACUCUAGACCAUAGGCCUAAAACUGAGGAGGUUCCAGAAUGUGGGACCCUACUUUCCCUAAUCACUGACUAUCAGGAUAAGAAUUUAUCAGACUGCACUGAUCAGAAUGAUGAUGUACUACUGUUUCCAAACUUUGAUUUUGAAGCCAUACAUCCAUUAGAUUUGGACAAUGGGAAUGAGAUUCUGUUGAGAACAAAACAUCAAUCUAAGAUGCCUUCAGAAAUUGAUCAUCAGACUAGAGUAAUAUUGGAUGCCUCAAAGCAAGCAAUUCUUCCUUCCGGCCUGGAUAAAAAUGCUAAAGAAGCUAGGUUGGAUUCUGAUAAUUAUGACAAAGUUUCCUCAUUUUCCCCAUACAAAAUCAUGCUGCCACCUGAUAACUCCAAACCAAGAAAACCUUCAUCAUACUUUGACAAUGGGAAAGGGGUUUCCCCUAAUCAAAAUCACAGGGCUCUACAACUGAGAACCAUAUCUCAGACUGUGACUCCAGCAGAAUACAGCCAGCAGAACCCACAACAACCUUGCUCCUGGGUGGAAGUUUCCCUAGAUUCGAAACAUAGAAUAAUACAUCAACAAAAUUCAAUUGAUAAGCUCACACCUCCAUCACAGCUAAAGAGUCGUAUUGAGAGCCAUCUGAACCUUGAUGACCAGAUUAAGACUCUGCCAGGUUGUAAACACCAAGUAAAACAUCAACCAUUCAUGAAUAAUUGGGCUAACAUUCCAUCUGACCUCCACCCCUUGAAUGAAGAUGGGGAAAAUAGAGAACCUCCAUGGUGUUUAACAUAUAUCAAACCAUAUACCAUUGAAGGUGAGAAUAUCACUCACAGAACUGUUAAUAAUAUCAUCAAGUCUAUCCCCCAAGAGAAAAUUAAAAAUGACAUCUAUAAGCAAAUUCUCCUGCAGCGUAUAAAGGAUUGUUCACAUUUUAAGAAUGGCUUAUGUCUAACAUCUACUUACUCAGUCUGCUUAAUUUGUGCCUCCUGGAUCCCUUAUGGCUGUCCUCAUGUUCAGAAAAUAAUAGAUCCGUGCAGAGCAAAAUUGCUGUCUAUAUCAUCAUUACUGCCUGGUUCCAAGGAAGAAAUGAGUGUGAAAUUUGUUUUACAAGUUCCGCAACUAGAAGCAGGAUCUAUUUUUACUAUCCAAUAUCCGGAUUAUAGUAUUUUCCACCAUUUUUACCAUAAAGCUGGGAAAUCUUUUCAUUCACAAUUCAGUCCUUCUAAAUCAAGGACCUUCCUCCAAGAGCCUAGUUCAAAAUUCACUUGGCUUGAUUUUAUCCGUGGCAAGUCUUAUCAGCCAUAUGGGAAAAAACUAUAUGGAAGUCAAAAUUCACUUUUAGGAAAAAUGCACUUAAAUUCCAACAAAGAAGAAGGGACAAAGAAAUCUGAAAAGGUUUUAAAAUCUUUAUUAGAAAGAAUUCAAAAGAAAAGAAGUGCAAAUUAAAUGAAUGACUUUACUCUUCAAAAAUAAUUGUCUUGUAUAUUUGAAAUGUAUAUGAUUGUUAUUAUUCUUCGUAGUUAAACAGAAAGAUACU